CCUGGAGCCGAGCCGGGAGCGGCGGGGGCUGGGAGCGGGGCUGGCCCUGCCAGGCGCUGGGCUCCCCUGGAAGCUAGUCCCGAGCGGAGGGCUCUAUUGUUAUUUAUUGUGCGGCUGUUGCACGCUGUGCCUGCUGCCCAGGCUCGGCGCAUGGGGCUUGCCCGGCUAGAGUACGGGGAGGGACGGGCAGGCAGACUCACCCGCGCUGGGGGAGCCCGUAGUGGGCACCGACAGGCCGUCUCCAGCGGAGCCCCAAGUUUUGCCUGCCGGAGCAGCAGCAGCCUUUGCUGAGGAGCUGUGUACUGGCGAUCAUUCACUCAGAGCCUCUCUCACUGCUAUCUCCCGUCAAUCUCCUGAGAGCCACUUUCUGAGUGAUUCCAGCUUCCGAACAUGGUUCCCAUGGUAGGGGUUUUGAUCCCUUGCCAGAUUUGCCCUGAGCCAUGAGUGAAUAUGUGUAAUGCCCACAAGUAAAACUGAUUGGAAAAUACUUCAGAAGAACAUCAUCUUUGCGGAUGAAUUUCACUCAGCCAUAAAUAGAGAGGACUGUAAUGCUGUCUUGGUCAAAAGAGCAGUUACUGGGGUAAGAAGAGUGACCUUUUUGGGUGGCUGUAACUGAAGAUUGCUUUGCAGAAGCAACUAAAGUAGAAGGGAGAGAGCACUCCUGCAAGACGACUAGCACAGUAAUAGAGCAUCUGAUGGCUAGAAAAUUCUGUGUGGAACAAACAAGGACUUAGAAGGUCUAGGACAAAGGGAUAGGGCUAUGAACAAGGUUUUUGAGUCAUGAUGCAAGAAUCUGGGAUUGAGACAAAAAGUAACGGUUCAGCUAUUCAGAAUGGAGCAAGCAGCGGCAACCAUUUACUAGAGUGCAGUCUACGGGAAGUGAGAUCCAACGGUGAGACACCUUCAGUUGAAAUCGGGGCUGCAGAUUUAGCACAUCUUCAGCAACAGCAGGCUCUGCAGGUGGCACGACAGUUUCUACUGCAGCAACAGCAGCAGCAACAAGUUAGUGGAUUAAAGUCACCCAAGAGGAAUGACAAACAACCAGCCCUUCAGGUUCCAGUGUCAGUGGCUAUGAUGACACCUCAAGUUAUCACUCCCCAACAAAUGCAGCAGAUCCUCCAGCAACAAGUGCUAACUCCCCAGCAACUCCAGGUCCUGCUCCAGCAGCAGCAGGCACUCAUGCUUCAACAGCAGCAGCUUCAAGAGUUUUAUAAGAAACAACAGGAACAGUUGCAGCUUCAACUUUUACAGCAACAACAUGCUGGAAAACAGCCUAAAGAGCCACAGCAACAGCAAGUGGCUACACAGCAGUUGGCCUUUCAGCAGCAGCUCUUACAGAUGCAACAACUGCAGCAGCAGCAUCUCCUGUCUUUGCAGCGUCAAGGUCUGCUAACAAUCCAGCCUGGCCAGGCUACGCUGCCUUUGCAGCCUCUUGCUCAAGCAUUUGCUGCCUUCCACUUCCAAACUGAACGUUACCCUCAUACAUUGAAAGGCAUGAUUCCAACAGAACUGCAGCAGCUCUGGAAAGAAGUGACAAGCUCUCAUACAGCAGAGGAAAUAGCAAGCAACAACCACAGCAGUUUGGACCUGUCCACCACAUGUGUCUCCUCUUCAGCACCUUCUAAGACCUCCUUAAUAAUAAACCCACAUGCCUCAACUAACGGACAGCUAUCGGUCCACACUCCUAAAAGGGAGAGUUUAUCCCACGAGGAGCACUCACAUAGCCAUCCGCUUUAUGGACAUGGUGUAUGCAAAUGGCCAGGCUGUGAAGCAGUUUGUGAAGACUUCCAGUCAUUUCUAAAACAUCUCAACAAUGAGCAUGCGCUGGAUGAUAGAAGUACAGCCCAAUGUAGAGUACAAAUGCAGGUUGUUCAGCAGUUAGAGCUACAGCUUGCAAAAGACAAAGAGCGCCUGCAAGCUAUGAUGACACACCUGCAUGUGAAGUCAACUGAACCAAAAGCCACCCCUCAGCCUCUGAAUCUGGUAUCAAGUGUCACACUGUCAAAGACGGCCUCUGAGGCUUCUCCACAGAGCUUACCUCAUACUCCGACCACCCCAACUACACCCAUCACUCCUGUCAUCCAGGGACCUUCUGUCAUCACUACCACCAGCAUGCACAACGUUGAACCAAUCAGGAGGCGGUGCCCUAAUAAAUACAAUGUGGCCAUUUCUUCAGCAGAUCUUGCUCAGAACCAAGAAUUUUAUAAGAACGCAGAGGUUAGACCACCAUUCACGUAUGCAUCUUUAAUUAGGCAGGCUAUCCUCGAAUCUCCAGAAAAGCAACUAACACUAAAUGAAAUCUACAACUGGUUCACACGAAUGUUUGCUUACUUCAGACGCAAUGCAGCGACAUGGAAGGGUGCCAUUCGCACCAACCUCUCCCUGCAUAAGUGCUUUAUCAGAGUAGAGGAUGAGUUUGGGUCCUUUUGGACUGUUGAUGAUGAAGAGUUUAAACGUGGCCGUCAUAUUCAACGAGGCCGUCCUCGAAAAUUCUGCCCCGAUGAAAACUUUGGCGAGCUUGUUGCACAUAACCCUUCUCUUAUUAAAAACAUACAGACCAGCCACACCUACUGCACACCUCUCAAUGCUGCUUUACAGGCUUCAAUGGCUGAUAAUAGUAUACCUCUAUACACUACUGCUUCCAUGGGAAACCCCACUCUGGGCAAUUUAGCCAAUGCUAUGAGGGAAGAUCUUAAUGGUGCAAUGGAGCAUACGAACAGUAAUGAGAGUGACAGUAGUCCAGGACGUUCCCCUAUGCAAGCAAUGCACCCUGUGCAUGUCAAAGAAGAACCGUUGGAUCCAGACGAAAACGAAGGCCCGCUAUCCUUAGUGACAACAGCCAAUCACAGUCCAGAUUUUGAUCAUGACAGAGAUUAUGAAGAUGAACCUGUAAAUGAGGACAUAGAAUGAGUAUGUCUGACGUCAUUAUCCUGAGAAUGAAGAUUGGAAAAACACGUCAAAUUUAGCUGUGAAAUCUCUCCAUUAUUGUACAGUCUGGAGGAUUUUCAGUACACUUUGACAACUAUGAAAUAUGUUAACUCUUAGUGCCAUCAAGUAUCCCAUUUGGGAGUAUUUUUGAUUUUUCUACUUUUUGUUGAAAAAAGGAAUUUGUACUCUGUGCAUUGGAUGGACUUGUUUGGUACUUGGGAUUUUCCUCUCUUACAGUCAACAUCAGUGUUGUAAAUUUGCUAAACUGAUUCACUUACUCACAUUUAGCAGCAGGUUUUGGACUGCAGUCCUGCCAAAUUUGGACACUGAGGACAUCAAACUCUGAGCAUGUACACCUAAACUGCAGAUCAAGCCUUUGCCCAGAUUUUAAGGAUUCCAAUGGACAACAUAUUUGCACAGUACUGCAUGUUGGUUAUCACUGCCUUUACUCCU